CUUUGGUGUCUGCUCGUACCGACUUUACCAUGUUGGUUGUAAACACCAUUCUCCUCAUAUCCACGAUAUGUUCUGCCACAAACAUCAUAAUUUCGACCGACGCUUCCGUUUCACCGGUAAUGUCCAGCAAAUUGAAACGCGGAAUCGUGACAGAUCCUGAGACAGAUAUCCGUAAUAACCAGGAGCAAUUCCGAGGAGUCCAAAGUACGCCGAAGAUCUCAUCGCCUCAGGAUAUUAACUCGAAAUCAUCGCUUCAUUAUAGAAAAGCUAAAGUAUCAGACACUCAGAGGGUUUCCCACGCUAACCCGAAUCAGAGAUCUGGUUCUCACGCGUAUGGCAGCGUGCCAAAGUGGCAGUUUUCUUACGCUUCCUCUCCUAUUCAGCAGACCGAAUCUCGUCAGAAUAGCCCGCUCGCUCCAUACUUCAACCUAUUGAAUAAUCCGAGUACGUAUAAGGUUGCGACGAGCGCCGACCAGCCGCCAGAUACGUCUAAAUCGAUCGUGUCGCAGUCGCUACAAAAAGUGCAGCAAGCAUAUUUUCCCAGCUACAAUGCGUUUCGCUCAAACAAACCGAUUGAAUUGUCUAGUUUCGCCAACUUGGAGUAUCCCUCGUAUUCUAGUAUCAGUAAAAUUAUCUCUCAGGACUUCCAGAACGGCAUUUCGUCUCCUACCAUGCAGACACCAGUUUAUAAAAGCAGCCCUUUGCCAAAAGCUGUCGAAUACGCGCCUAUUUACGCGCCGAGCUUCCCAACGAUGUCAAGUGCUACUUCGCUAUUUGAAUCGCCGAACAAAGCGAUGUUGGCCUCCAAGCAGAAUGACGAAGCUACCGUGGAUGUGAACGGUAAGAAAGUCUCGGUUCCGAUCAUACAACUUCAGAGCGAUCCCGGGUUUUCCAGUGCUUUCCCCGUAUUCGAAAGUCAGCCACUUCUUUUAAACGCAAACUACCCGACCGAAUCGGAGUUUGAAUUUAAUUUUGGAGACGUGCCAAAAGCCAACAUAGUAUUUCAAUCGCAAAACGUUUCACCGUUUUCGUCACCUCUGUCGAGCUUUCAAGGUCAUGUUGUGCCGAUCCAGACGGCCAGUCCACAAUUUCCGCAGUACAAAGGAGCCAGCAUUGAGGUUUAUUCUGUUCCAAAUGUUGUUCCUAAAGUGCAAGGUAGUUACGAGUCCCUUUACAAUCAACCGUUGUUACACUUUGGCAAGGAACAUGUUGGCCAACUUGUUAACACUCAACAAAAUGUCGUCCCUUCUUCCAUUUCGACGGAGGAUAUCCUGGAUGACGUAGAGAUCAUCAAUAAGAAAAAUCCCGAACCUCAUCCUGAUCAUGGUGACGACGACGAUGAAGAGGAGAAAGACAUGAGAUAUAAAAAUCCCGAGGAGGAGAAUGAACACAAGUUCGAAGUGGACGACGUUGAAAAUGAACCGGGGAAGUAUUUCAAGGAACCGACGACGGAAAGCGACUUUAAGCCGUCGACAUAUUUCCCCUUUAAGGAAUACGACGAGACAUUUGGAAAGUAUACAAAGCAAACUGAUGACGAGGAUUACGCCGAUAAACCAUAUUCCGGCUACAAGAAUUCCUCAUCGGACGAUGACGCGGAGGAAGAAGACCCGUCGUCGGAAUAUCACGCUGAAUACGCUGAAUCUCCAAAAUCGCAUGGAUCGUACGAAGAGGAAGAUGAAAAGGAAGAAGAGUCUCGUAAAUAUGAGAAACGUGGAGAGACCGAUGAGAAUUCUCAUGAGAUAAAACCUAAACGAACUAGAUAUUAUGAAAAAGACUUCGAGCGGGAAUUUGAAGAAUCGUACAGAAAGGAGAUACCGAAACACAGAUACGUGCAUGUGAAAGAAGUACCGGAAAUAGACAGUUACAACAAUCCGACAUCUUCUAGACGGCAGCCGGAAAAUAAUGGCCAAGCUCGUGUAAAUCACGAACGAUUAGAAGAGCCCAGGACUCAAGAAUCACGUAUACCUCAUAAAAUACUAAAGACCGGUUACAGAGACAACGCCGCUCACGGCACAGACACUUCAGCUAAAAAAGCGACUAAAGUAGUCUACGAAGAAUCCUACGGAUACAAAAACCCCAAAACCGGAAAGUAUCUUAAGCGUGCGAAAACCGAGUCUGCGGUCGAGAAAUAUUCGCCCGCUAAGAAAUCGACCGCACACAAGGAAGACAGUUACCUUCGUGCUGCCAAGUAUUACAAAUUUAAAAGUCCCAAGACGCGCGACGGGCUCGCCUCGAGGAAUAAAUAUCCGCAUUCGUAUUCUUCCGCGAGCAACUGGAAAUUGAGUAAAAUCUCAACCGCGGUCUCUGAGCCGAAUAAGAGACAAUUGGCAAAUCCUGGCGACAGGGCUCCUUUAUAUAGAUCGAGUGCAGUGAACGGACAAAUGCGUCCUCUCACGAACGCAGAAAUCCUUCGUGAUCUGACGGGAAUUUAAGCGACGAAAUAACUAAACGUUGGAUUAUAAAAUAACGUAUACCCUUAGGUCACACACAAAUUAUUUAGCCACAUUAUUUUUAGAAAUAUCAUAUGAAAAAAUUUACAUUUAAUAUUCCAUAAAUAUUCAUUUGUUGACGUAUACGUGUAGGUGAAUGUUACAUUUUACUUU